CGCGAUUCCAUUGCACUUGGCCCGAGGAAUGGCAAUACGCAACCCCAGCGCAUCGCUGCCGACAUCCCCCACAUCGCGACGUCGACGAUGGCUGCACCGUUGCGUCGUUGUCGUGGGGUUGGUUGCGUUAGCACUGGCAUCUUGUCUGUGUCUGGUUGGCGGCCUCAAGCCGUCGCUGGUGGACGAUCCACACGUUGUUUCCAACGGCACGUCAAGAACAGCGCGUGGAGCUGAGGAUUGUCCUGAAGCACGCUACUUCCUCGUCGGCAGCGGUGGUCUUUUAGCUGCAUGGCUCGUCGUUGGUCUCGUGGCCUUUCAGUCUCGGGCGCCGCCACCUGCGAUGACGAUGCUGGCAAUUCUGUUGUGCUUUGUCACUGUGGUGGCUGGCAUCGUGGGGGCAAUUCUCGGUGGUCACGAGAUAUGUGCGCAAUCCCGUCCGACUGAAUUCACCCUCACCAUUGCGACGUCCUGCGUGUUUGUGGCAGUGUGUGCCCCAUUGAUGGGAAUUCUCGUACACUAUGUCGUGCGCCAUGUAUCCUCGCCUGACUCGAAAGGGUCCGGACUCGUUGGUGCACUGCGCUGCACGAGCAUUGCCCACAGUACCCGUCGGUGCUUGGCUAUCUUGCCGUUUGGUAUGCUGGCAGGCGUCGCAGUCGUUCUCGUGUUGGUGUACGCCCGCCGCGGCGAGGGCUGUUCGGAGCCAUUCGUUCUCUUCUUGGUCGUGUCCAGCGGAUUGCUGGGGUUUAUCCUUGGCGUCGCGCUGUGGUGCUAUCUCCAUCCCCACUCCUCCGCCGCGUUUUUGCCCUACCUGCUUCUUGGUCACGCGGUCACAACCGUCGGAUGGGCCAUCGUUGGGACGGUGUGGAUUCGCUCGAAUGCGGCCGCACCUGUACAAUGUUCUGUCGGCCUUGUCUCGGCCGUCCAUUGGCUUCGCAUGCCGCUGUUUGUGCUUGGCAUUGCACAGAUCAUGCUCACAUGCUGCUGCAAACUCGAGCGGCUGUGUUUACCGCUGGUCGUGCCCACCGACCACACUGUUCAAGUCGUGUAAUGUGAAAUAUAUGUAAAAAACCA